ACAACAAAGUUGAUUCUGUGUAGGAUUGGAGGCUAGACAGUUCUACCAAUUUUUAGUCACAUUUUCCAUGUCAGUUAGAUCUAGGGAGUUCAAGGCGACUGGAAAAAUUAGUCUCAUUACUAAAAGAAACUUAGAGAACGAAGGAGGAAAGGAGGAACGAGAAUCCAGGAGGUACCUCUGGGUUGCAGAAGUAAUUGUGAAAUACCAGACCUAUUCUUUUUUUGCUAAGAGCUAGUUACACAAUCUUCUGAUCUGAAAUACUGAGGCAAAUGCUCAAAGGUUUGUUUUCUUCCUAAUCUUGCUGGUGAAAAAGAAGUUACUAGAAAGAAAGGAAGAAAAAACUUGAUUUGGUGACUGCAGGAAGCAACACGUUGCUGCUUUUAUUCAACAGAUAAUGAUUUAUGAGGAAUCCAAGAUGAAUUUGGAGCAGGAGAGGCCGUUUGUCUGCAGUGCCCCAGGCUGCUCCCAGCGCUUCCCAACAGAGGAUCAUCUGAUGAUUCACAGGCACAAGCACGAGAUGACUUUGAAGUUUCCCUCAAUAAAAACAGACAAUAUGUUAUCAGAUCAGACUCCGACCCCGACGAGAUUCCUGAAGAACUGCGAGGAGGUGGGCCUCUUCAACGAGCUGGACUGCUCCCUGGAGCACGAGUUCAGGAAGGCUCAGGAAGAGGAGAGCAGCAAGCGGAAUAUCUCGAUGCAUAAUGCAGUUGGUGGGGCCCUGGCGGGGCCUGGAGCUCACCAGCUCGGCAGUGCCCGGCUGCCCAACCACGACACCAGCGUCGUGAUUCAGCAAGCCAUGCCGUCGCCACAGUCCAGCUCUGUCAUCACUCAGGCACCUUCCACCAACCGCCAGAUCGGGCCUGUCCCAGGCUCUCUAUCUUCUCUGCUACAGCUCCACAACAGACAGAGACAGCCCAUGCCAGCCUCCAUGCCCGGGACCCUGCCCAACCCCACCAUGCCAGGAUCUUCCGCUGUCUUGAUGCCAAUGGAAAGACAAAUGUCAGUGAACUCCAGCAUCAUGGGAAUGCAAGGUCCAAAUCUCAGUAACCCCUGUGCUUCUCCCCAAGUCCAGCCAAUGCACUCAGAAGCCAAAAUGAGGUUGAAGGCCGCAUUGACUCACCACCCUGCUGCCAUGUCAAAUGGGAAUAUGAACACCAUGGGACACAUGAUGGAAAUGAUGGGCUCCCGGCAGGACCAGACGCCGCACCAUCACAUGCACUCGCACCCACAUCAGCACCAGACACUGCCACCCCAUCACCCCUAUCCGCACCAGCACCAGCACCCAGCACACCAUCCUCACCCUCAACCCCAUCACCAGCAGAACCACCCGCAUCAUCACUCCCACUCCCACCUCCAUGCCCACCCAGCACAUCACCAGACCUCGCCACACCCGCCCCUGCACACCGGCAACCAAGCACAGGUUUCACCAGCAACGCAACAGAUGCAACCAACACAGACAAUACAGCCGCCUCAGCCCACAGGGGGGCGCCGGCGAAGGGUGGUGGAUGAGGACCCCGACGAGAGGCGGCGGAAAUUUCUGGAACGGAACCGGGCAGCUGCCACCCGCUGCAGACAGAAGAGGAAGGUCUGGGUGAUGUCACUGGAAAAGAAAGCAGAAGAACUCACCCAGACAAACAUGCAGCUUCAGAAUGAAGUGUCUAUGUUGAAAAAUGAGGUGGCCCAGCUGAAACAGUUGUUGUUAACACAUAAAGACUGCCCAAUAACAGCCAUGCAGAAAGAAUCGCAAGGAUAUCUAAGUCCGGAGAGCAGCCCUCCUGCAAGUCCUGUUCCAGCUUGCUCCCAGCAACAAGUCAUCCAGCAUAACACCAUCACCACUUCCUCAUCCGUCAGCGAGGUCGUAGGAAGCUCCACCCUCAGUCAGCUCACCACUCACAGAACAGACCUGAACCCCAUUCUUUAAAAUGCACGGUCAGACCCGGCCUCCAAGAAGAGCUGUAGCAUCCCAUGGGUCCUUUCUUUUAAGGGCAUUUUUAGAAUUAACUCAGACCUGGAAGACUCCUCAGCCCUUCAGAGACUGGCUUUCAUUUUUAUAGUUAUUAUGGAAAUGUUGUCUUUUAUACCUAGUUAUAUAAGAAAAAAGGGAGUUAUGCAAUUAAUAUCUAUUGGCUUGGAAAAUGCUUUGGUGCUUUUCUCCAAUUUUCUGGUACCAGUUACUUGUUUAUAAACUGAACCUUUUCUGUAUAUAGUCAUGGUUUCGUUCUUACCAGUCCAAUCCUUUGCCUGAAACAUUGAACCUUGUUAAACCACAGCUUUUAGGCAAACUGAGGCAUACCUAGAUGUCAAGUAAGACCCAUCCAAGGUAACUGGGUAGGAAAUCUGAUGACACCAUAACUCAUGUUGAGUUUGCACUGUGAUGUCACCAGGAUCCCAAAUAAACACACGGCCUUCCCCACAACAUUUUUUUCCUCCUACUAUAAAAAGGUAUCAGCUCACCAAUGUCCAGAUAAAACCACCAACCAUCUCGCCACCUGUCCUCCUCUUGGUCCACUUGCUCGAAUGCCCAGUUUUCCUCUCCAUUUCCACUUUUUCUUGGGCUCCCUGUUUACUCAUCAUUUUGACUUUCUUCCGUGUUAUCUUGUUUCCCUUUAGCAUUGCAUGUGAAGAAGAAAAUAAUGUUUAAAGAAA